AUGGCAUCAACCGGCACCCAAGGCCUCGUCAUCGCGAUGGGAGCAGACGACGCAGGAUGUGGAUACAAGAACAAGAUCAAAGCAGAUUUCGAAGCCGACCCAAGAGUUGCCAAGGUCAUCGAUGUCGGCGUGAACGAGUCCUCGGAUAAGACCGCCUACCCACACCCAGCUGUCGAUGCUGCAAAGCUGGUCCAGAGCGGCGAGGCGGACCGAGCACUUUUGAUCUGCGGGACUGGACUUGGUGUUGCUAUUAGCGCGAACAAAGUUCCUGGGAUCCGAGCGGUCACUGCGCACGAUAGUUUCAGUGUUGAGAGAGCGGUUUUGAGUAACAAUGCUCAGGUGCUGUGUAUGGGUGAGAGAGUCGUUGGUAUUGAGCUUGCGAGGAGGUUGGCGAAGGAGUGGAUUGGAUAUAAGUUUGAUCCUACUUCGGCGAGCGCGCAGAAGGUGGAGGCUAUUAUGGAGCAUGAGAAGAAGAAUUUCAGCUUGAGCUAG